GGCCAUGCUAUCAUUCUCUGGUUUGACAGCGGCAAAGGCCCGUAACGAAGUGCGUCGACGAUUGGGCGAGAACCUCCACCUGAGAGCAUAAAUAGCGGCGUAGUCUCCCUGAGAAUUGAAUCAUCCAGCUCGCAGUCAACAGAACCUCCAGUCAAAGACAGAGAACUCUGAGCAUCUUCCAUCUCUUGAUACUCCAUCAUCCUUGUGCCUACUCUUUCUGCCACAUCCUACCGAGGACUUGUAAAAGAGAUCUUCCCUCGUCCAACCAUCUUGUGUGUCAACCCAACAGACCAUCUGUCGAGACCAAGUGUCUAAACGACGAGACGCUAGCUCGAAACAAUCCAGCUCUUCCAUUUGAAACAUGUGCUUCUACGACCAACAUCGGUUCGGGUGCGGCGACUGGAAGUGGGGUCACUUCCGCCAGCACUGCGCCAAGGAGUACCGAAUCGGUGAAACGUGUGGCAUGAAGCUCAUCAUGCAAACGAUUCCUACAGGAACCAAGUGCAAGCUCUGCGAGAAAAUCGACACCAAGAUGCGCCGCCGGGCCGCCGAGGUCGAACGCGUCAAUCGCUGGCAGCGCGACGGCAACAAGUUCCGUGCUUCGAUCGACAAAUCGCUGGAGAUGAUUCGAGGGCUGGAUUACGAAAUCUACGAGCUUGGCUGUGAGCGCAACCGCAGAUUGCAGCAAGUCGGACAUUGAUGUGGCGGGUCGAAGCGUGGCGUCUAAGUUUCAUGUUUGGCCUGGAGUUGUUUCUUUUUCGGAUUGAGUCCGUUCAUUUUCGGCGUCUGGGUUGGUUCGACACAGUGAAAAUUGAUACUGGCUGGUGGAAAGUACGAAGGGGCUUGCCGGGCGGUACCGCUUACGAUCGCUAUUCUCAGUAUCUCCACUUCAUACUUCAAUGAUUGAUGAACGAAAAGUUUCGAAACUACGUGAUUGGUUGCAUUCCUGCAAUUAGCAACG